GAUAAUCUGACAUUCUUCUAGUCUCUUGAAAUUUUCAUGCUUAUUGUUUUCUUUUUCAUUGAUUACACAUUAUUUACUUAUAUUCUUAUCGAAAAUAAAUGUAACACCAUGUCAUUUACAAGAUUAUCUUUUCUUCGUACGAUAAACAACAUAAGUAAAAACUGUCAUAUAUUUCGCCGAUGGAAUUCACAGAAUACUGUAAAUUUAUCUGAUCCUGCAGUGCAGAAUUACUUAAAAUAUCUGAUGAUGGAGCAUGAUAACCUGUAUACGAAAACACGCCGAAGUCAUGAGGAAUCGAAGCGACUUUUCGAAAUAAAGCCCAUCGUGAGUGCAUUGGAACAACGUAUUACAUUAUACGACAGUAUAGAAUCUUUGAAAGAACUAAAUAAAAAAGAGAAUGAUGACAGCGAAAUGAAGAAAAUGAUCAAAGAAGAAGCUCAAGUAUAUUUAAUGAGACUAAAGGAGAUCGAUAGCGAAUUACAGUCAAUAUUACUAGAACCCAUUCUCACAGAAGGUGGAGUCUUGUUGGAGGUAACGGCUGGUGCUGGCGGUCAAGAAGCGAUGUUAUUCGCCAGAGAACUAUUUGAACUGUAUGAAUCAUUUGCAAAAUACAAGGAUUGGGAAGUGGAUAUUGCUUCUAUUGAGAAGUCAGAUAUUGGAGGUAUUAGAAAGGCAUCAAUGUUGAUAACAGGUUUGGGGGUGCCUGAACAAAUGAAAAUAGAGGCAGGUGUUCAUCGUGUUCAGAGAAUUCCUGCUACGGAGAAGGGAGGACGCAUACAUACAAGCACUGUGUCUGUAGCAGUAUUGCCCCAACCAACUGAAAUCGAAUUAAAUAUAUCUGAUCGAGACAUAAGCAUAGAAACAAAGAGGGCGAGUGGAGCGGGCGGACAACAUGUAAACACAACAGAUAGUGCAGUGCGCAUUACACAUAUACCUACUGGUACAGUGGUUGAAUGCCAAGAAGGUCGAUCACAGAUAAAAAACAAAGAGAUAGCUCUGCAGAAACUAAGAACUCUUUUAUUACAGACACAGCAGGAUGAACAAAUUUCAAAAAUGAAUAGCGAGAGGAAAUCUCAGAUUGGGUCAUGUAACAGAAAUGAAAAAAUAAGAACAUAUAACUAUCCUCAAGACCGUAUUACUGAACACCGUGAAGGUGGUGGAACCUUGCACAGUCUUAAAACCUUCAUGGAGGGUGGUGAGCAAUUGGAACAACUCCAAGAAGGACUAUUAAGGCAUCAACGGUACCAGGUGCUUAUGCAAGAAAUUAAUGAUUUCGUCAAGAAGUAUCAAGCUGAAACAGCUAACAAAAGCUAAAAUAACUUUGUGAGUAAAAUUCUGUACAUAUUUAUAUUUAUUCGAAUUACUGUUUUGUAGUAUUAUAAUAUUGUAGUAUUAAAAAGAUUAAAACAACUCUUCCUUGGUAAU